AAAGCGUCCUUUUGGUUGCCAUGGCAACCCUACGACAACUCAACCCGCACCCAGCGAGUCUCUCUCUCUCUCCCUCUCUCUUUCUCUCUCCCUCUCUCUCUCUCCCCUGCUUUGCAAGUUUUCCUCCCACACAAGUCCACCUUUCAACCCCCAAAAAGACGCACUUUGGCCGGCUUUCUUUCCAGCGGAACCUUCAGGGCGCCUUCGCGGUCGAGGUGAAGGACUUCCUGAGAGCGAGAUGGACAACAUGUCUCCGUGUCCCACCACCUUCUCUCUCUCCCCGCACAUCUCCUUCCCUCUCUCGCCCAUCUCCUUCCCGCCAUCCCCGACCUCGGCAGAUUCCCCGCAGUCCUCCUGGUCCCCCCUCUCCACCGCGUCCCAUCACCCGGGAUUGGGACCUCCCACGCCGAGUCCUCCAAACAUCUGGGACCAGGAUGACCUGACCUGCCUGAGCUGGCUGCAUCAGAGGGGGAACCUGCUCCCCCUGCAGCCCCUCUCCAAAGGGACCCUGGCCCCGGCUCAGCUGGAGUCGCUGGGCCAGCACCCCGCCUCGUCCAAGCCGCCGUACUCCUUCAGUAGUCUCAUCUUCAUGGCCAUAGAAGACUCGCCAGACAAAAGGCUGCCGGUGAAAGACAUCUACGGGUGGAUCGUGGACCAGUUCCCCUACUACAGGACGGCCAGCGCGGGAUGGAGGAACUCGGUACGCCACAACCUGUCCUUGAGCAAGAGCUUCUGUCGCAUGGAGAGGGACAAAAGCCAGUCGGUGGGGAAGGGAUCUCUGUGGCGUGUGAGUCCGGAGCAUCGAGCGGCGCUCCUGGAGGUGCUCCGGAAGACCCACACUUACCACGGCACCAACUGCAGUCUGAUCAACAAGCCCGCCCUACUGGAAGGCGUGGACUACGGCGUGUCUGUGGUGUGCGACUCCAUGGAGAUGUCAGAUUCCCUUUCCCCCUCCCUCAUGCUGACCCCUGACAACCCGACCUUCGCCGACCACCCGGAUUUUCCUUUGACCCCGGAUCACGAGGAGCUGGUCGCCAUAGAGCCGGUGGAAUACCAACAAGAGGAGCUGAGCGGGGCGGACUUAGAGAAAGACCCCCUGGGGGACAGCGGCUACAUCGAGUUGCAUUACUACCAGUCUCAAGAGUACGAGUACCUGGUGUUGCCGGACGACACCGAGCUGGACUUGGAGACCGUGGAGAUACUCCAGCUGGACGUGGAGGCCCAGGAAGCUGCCGGGUCCCUCCUGGACUUGGCAGGGGGCGUAUAUUAAUAUCCACGGAUCGGAUAAUUCUCGUAUUUUGCCUCUUAUCUGUGACGAUGGCACUGCCCGGUGAUUUAGAUGUAGAUCCUGAUAAGUCAGCACUUUGUGGACAAAAUAUAGACUUUUUAGGGGAGUAUUCAUAAUUGUCUGUCAAUCUCAGGUGCGGAAGAUGUCCUUCUGACUGAAAUAGCACCCAUUUUUCUUCAUAUUGUCCCACUGUCAUGCAGAUAUCAACAACACCCCAAGCAGCCAAAAGAGAUUAUGACGCAAAUAUAAGACAUACGUUGUUUUCUUGAUAUUUGAUAGAACUCCAUUUUCAAAAUGUCACGUCAGCUACUUUUGAAGCAGGGGCGAUCAAACUGCGGCCAAGGUUUGCGGACCGUUUUUUUCUAAUGGCCUGCGGCAUAAUUCCCGAAAUAAAACUAAAACAUUGCAUGCAGCAGAACAUUACAGAGGAUGGGGAAAAAAAUUAAAAGGUUAGAGAAAAAUAAAAGGAUAUGGAAAUACCUGAAAGGGGUCAUUUUAUGCCAAACUUUUCUCACCCGGGUACCUGUUUGUGAGUGUUCGGGAUCCCCGUAAGUCCUGAAAAUGUGAAAUCAAACCUCAAGGCGAUAUCAUAGGCGAUCCAACACUUCUCUUUUCUAAAGUAAAUGUGUACAGCAGAUAUUGAUUAUCUACAUCAACUAUAUGAUUUGUCAGAGUGGCUGAAAAGUUUAAAACUAAGAAAUUGCAACCUUCAGUGUUUCUGCUGUGGAAAAGAUUUUAACACUUUUUUUUUAUGUAUAACACUUUUAUUCUGUCUGAACACCUAAUUGUGGCCUCAUUUUAUAGGAUAUAGUUAAAUGACUAAACAACAUCAACAUACUGUCAUUUCAAAUGAGUUUUGUAUGAACUUUUUACUUAAGGUUCGCUGUAUAUUCAUUUAGUGAUUAUUUGGAUUUUUAUUCUCGAUUAGUCUCAUUUUGUUUGUGGUCAUUCUGUUUUUUAGUGUCUUUAUAUUCCUGUAAAAUGUGAGAAUCUGGAUAUAAAUGUUUAUUUUGGCAUUGUUUAAUGUCCUACACCAUCAUAACAACACUGCCAUGUCAGGGUCCUCUGAACUGAUCACCUCAAAUCCUACAAAUGUUAUUUUUUGCUUGA